AUGGCAAUAAUUGAGGAGCAUCAGGACGAACCCGACCAAAUCGAACCUCAACACGUGGCCGAAUCAUCCGCAAAUGAACCUGAGAUAGUCGCGUCCGCGUUUUCGUCUGGUCCCUCUCUCACGGCGGCUGCUGGUAGGAGCGGCGAAAGCGGAACAGGCGGAGAAGCGGGGGUAGGAGAGGAGCAGCCGCCUGUGGUGGUGGGGAGGGACGACGGGGAGGAUGUUGGGGAAGGCGUGCGGAAGGUGGUUAUCAAGGAAGGGAACAAGGAGAAGGGGUCACCUGACGUCGGCUGCACAGUCUUCGUGCACUACCGUGCAUGGCCGGCAAAUUCCGAAGCCAACGAGGAGAAAGGCGAUGGGGAUGCGGGCGAGGAGCGGGAGGGGAAAGAGCAAGUGGGGCGGAAGGAGAAGCGGAAGCAUGCAAAGGUGUACGACACGUGGGAUGAGGGCCAGAUGACUGAGCUGAUUCUGGGACAUGAGAAGGCAGAGCUGCGUGGGCUGUCACUGGGAGUGCGGUCGAUGCAUCCUGGCGAGCGGUGUGUGUUGCGAGUGCCAUCAGCCCUGGCGUACGGCACCCAAGGCUGCUUCAGCUUCCCCCACGUGCCCCCCAACUCGGACCUCCUGUAUGAAGCAAAGCUCGUGGGCUUUGAAAAGCCGCCGGGUGGUGCAGAUAGGGCGCGAGAUCGCUCGCAGAUGACAGCUGACGAGAGGAUAGAGGCGGCUGACAGGCACAGGCAGGCUGGCAACGAGGCGUUCAGAGGGGACAACAUGGAGGAGGCACUGCGAGAAUACGAGAUGGCAUUGGGCUACAUGGGAGAUGAGUUCAUGAUGCAGAUGUUUGGCAAGUACAGGGACAUGGCCAAUGCUGUCCGCCUGCCAACUCUGCUCAACUCUGCUGCCGCUCACCUCAAGCUGAACAAUUACAAUGAGACAAUCGGUCUGUGCACCUUGGUGCUGUCGGAAGAGCCAGACAACCCCAAGGCCCUCUUUCGGCGGGGCAAGGCACGCCAUGCACUUGGACAGCUUGAUGCAUCGAUGGUCGAUAUCAAAUCUGCUGCCAAACGGGCCCCUGGUGAUGCUGCUAUUGCUCGUGAGCUGGCGGCUUUGAAGAAGGCAGAGCGAGAGGCAAUGGACAAGCAGAAAGAGAUGUUUAAGGGGAUUUUUAAGCCACAACCAGCAGCACCUGUUGCAAACAGGAGGACGCAGUGGUUGGGUGCAAUAUGGAAGUAUGUGUGUGAAGUGUUGAGCUGGUUUUGGCCUUUUGGAAAGAGGAAGACUGAUUAG